UUUCAGGUGAUGUUGUUUUUUGGUCCCUUCCGGUCUCCGUACAUUUCUGUGUUAUGACGUCAUCUGGUCGGACGGGAGACCGAGAAACUUUGAACUUGCUAGGAAACUGGAUGAAACAUUGUUUCCCCCUCAGUUUUCAGCUGGAUUUACUCUACACAUGUACUACAGCGUGUGAACUUCAGACUUCUCUGGACCAGCAUGUGAGCUUGAACACAUGUAAUUAAAUCAGAUCGCUGAGGACAUGGACGAACGAGAAGAUGUGACGGAGCGCGCGUGCACGGGCUGUGGCGGGAGGAUUCGGGACGCUUUCCAUGUGAAGGUUCUUCAAGACGCCUGGCACAACUCUUGCUUUCAGUGUUCCGUGUGCUUUGAUCUCCUGACAAACUGGUACUUUGAGAAAGAGGGGAAGCUGUACUGUCACAAACACUACUGCGAGAAGUUUGGGGAGUUGUGCCAUGGCUGUUCGCUGCUUAUGACUGGACCUGCUAUGGUGGCAGGAGACUAUAAAUAUCACCCCGAAUGCUUCGUGUGUUUAUGCUGCAGAGUGGUGAUUGAGGAUCGGGAUACCUAUGCCUUAGUGGAACGAACCAAACUCUACUGUGGUAAAUGCUACAAGCAGGUGGUCUUGACGCCGAUGUUGGAGAAGCGUGGUUUGGCCGACUCUCCAACGGACCUGCUCCCUCACACAGUGACUCUGGUGUCCAUGCCCUCUGCCACCAAUGGUAAAAGAGGUUUCUCUGUCAGCGUGAUUAGAGACUGCACAAGUGCAAUGGCCAGUGUCCAGGUCAAAGAGGUCAGAGGGAUGCAUAUUAGUCCAGAGGUUCGGAACGCCAUCCAUGUUGGGGACCGAAUCCUGGAGAUCAAUGGACUCCCAGUGUCAGCUCUGAUGGAGGAGGAGGUGGAGGACCUGAUCCAUCGGACCAGUCAGACACUGCAGCUGUUGAUGGAAUAUGAUCCAGUCAGACAGCGCCUGGACCGACUCCGUCUGGGCUCUUCCCGCAAUCAGCUGGGUGUCCCCGCGGCCUCCCGCAUGCGUAUGUCCUCCUCAGCAAAUGCUGAGAUCGAACGAAGUGACUCAGUGGACAAUGGAACGUUAAAAAGGAGGUCCCUCAGACGUAGCAACAGCACUUGCAAGUCUCCAGUUUCUCCAUCUCCUAAGGACCCUCCGAUUCUAACUCGAGAUAUCGGGCGCUCUGAAUCCCUCCGUUCUCCUUCCAGCCGCUCCCACCGUAUUUUCCGUCCCUGUGACCUCAUCCAUGGAGAAAUCCUCGGAAAAGGCUUCUUUGGACAGGCCAUCAAGGUGACCCAUAAAGCCACAGGUGAGGUGAUGGUCAUGAAGGAGCUGAUUCGCUGUGAUGAAGAGACACAGAAAACGUUCCUAAAGGAGGUAAAAGUGAUGAGAAGUCUUGAUCACCCACACGUUUUAAAGUUCAUUGGAGUUUUGUACAAGGACAAGCGGCUUAAUCUGAUAACAGAGUUCAUUGAGGGAGGCACUCUAAAGGAUUUUAUCCGAGACACGGACUCAUUCCCAUGGGAACAGAGAGUUAGCUUUGCAAAAAGCAUCGCAUCUGGAAUGGCAUAUCUGCAUUCAAUGAGCAUCAUACAUCGAGAUCUCAACUCUCACAACUGCCUGGUCAAACUGGACAACACCGUCGUGGUGGCAGAUUUCGGUCUAUCUCGUCUAGUCAUGGAGGAUAAGGUCAAGCAGCCACCCCCCGAAAAACCAAACAAUAAGAAAAGACUGUUUAGACAGAUUGACCGCAAGAAACGCUACACGGUGGUGGGGAACCCAUACUGGAUGGCCCCCGAAAUGCUUAAUGGUAAACGCUACGAUGAGAAGGUGGAUAAUUUCUCCUUUGGCAUUGUGCUUUGUGAGAUUAUCGGUCAGGUUUAUGCAGAUCCCGAGUGUCUCCCGAGAACGCUGGACUUUGGGCUCAAUGUGAGAAAAUUCAUUGAGAAAUUUCUUCCUGAACACUGUCCUCCAGCUUUCUUUGCAUUGGCUGUGGCUUGUUGUGAUCUCACCCCUGACAACCGGCCUGCUUUUCAGAAGUUGGAGGACUGUUUUGAGGCAUUGGCUCUGAAUCAGGAGUUGAAUAUCCCUCUGCCUGCUGAACUGGACGAUCUUCAGCAGAAGUUUUUAAGGACUUAUGGACCCAGUGAAACUGCCUCUGAAAACAACAUAGACUAAUCCAACAGCAGCACAGGCUGAGAUAUGGGCUGGAUUUUUUUUUUUUUUAUGUUGAUGAGUUUACAGAACUGAAUCGGAGCAUUUACCUUGGGUUUGCAUACUGGGAACAUGCUGAUGCUGGUGUUCUUCGGAGAGGUCUGUCAUGACGCUCAGAACUUUGAGGGCAUUCUAGAACUGCAAAGGGUUCUUGGCAGAGUUCUGUUAAAGGAACAGGUACAUUUCAGUGACCUUGAGCUUCUUUCUGACAUUUUUCCCCCUUCUGUCUAAUGUGGAUGGUUUAGUUAUGAUUUAACCAAACCUUUAAGAGUGCUUACCACUAGUUGAGUUAUAGACCUCUCUAAUGAAGUUUCAAAUGUCAGAUUUUUUAAAUAGUGAAGCAUUCAUUAAGUUGAUCAAUUUUCAGUCACAACAAUUAUAAAAGUGCGUUUGUCAUUAAACCUUUCAAGAACAUGUCUGGAUCAUAUUUUACCCCACACUAAAAAAAAAAGUAGUGAUGCAUUUGAGACCAUUAGGAUUAGAUUUUAAGACAAUUAUGCACAUCCCCCUCCCACAUUCUGAGCAAUGAUAUUAUUUAAAGUUGUAUUGUUUAUGCCAACUUAAAUAAUAAAAACAUCAUUGAGAAUAUUGGGAAUUGCGAAAUUAAAAAAAAGGGAAAAAAAUGUGCUUAAUUGUCCUAGAAAUGUAAAAGUGAAAUGUAUUUUUUUUAAUUUGGGUUUAAUGUGACCAGGACAUGUUUUCAGGUGAAUAACCUCUUUAUUUCAAAUUAUAAAAAUAUGGAAGGUUCUAUUGAGUCACGAAAUUGAAACAACCUGAACUCUAGGAAUGCGAAACAAACAUUGUUGAAGCACACUGCCCCCUGCAGGCCGUUGUGCUUAAGUGCACUCAGUCCCUUGACUGUUUCUGUAGCACUAGCACUCGAGUCCUGACCUCUGUAACUCUAUAAUACAAAGACACACAGAGAGAAAACAAUACGUUUCUGAGUUCAGAUUUGGUUUCCUAUGUGUGGUUUCUUGGAAAUGCGUUUUAAAUUGUAGUUCAUUCCUGGUACAUCAGCUAUUUGAAAACUGGAGUAGUUUAUUCCGCUGUCAUGGACUCACCUUGUAAAUACACCAUGACAGGGCAAGGAUCAUUUUUCUCUGUAUCUAAACAGCUCUGGAGUUGUAUUCUCCGAGUGAAAUGAUAAGUGAGAUCAUAAUGCUGGAUCUGGACCGGCCGUUUCUAAGAGUUUUUAGCUCAGUACUGAAACGGGCUGUUAUCAAAAUGUCUGCAACGCAGAAUUUCACGAGUGACGUUUUGUGAAGACGUUUGAAAAUGAAUGUCAUACUUACUUUGAUCACUAAUGUUUAAAUUAACUGGAUGUAUUGUUCAUGUUUGUAUAGAUUUGGUGCCAUAUGUUGGGAUAAUGUUGAUGUGUAGUUUUUGUAAGUUUGUAGAAUGUGAAAAGCUGUAAAAGAGCAAUUUUUUUUUUCUGUUAAAGGUACUGACGUGUACAAAAUUAUAACCACUACUUGUACGCCACAGGACACCUAUUCUUCUUACACUAAUGUUUCAUGAAUAAAGAGUAGUACGUAUUGUA